CCCCGGGAGCAGCCCACAGCCCCCGAGAUGCUAAUGGGGGCGCUGCCCGCGCCAAUAAAACCCGGCGCCCGGCGGAGGGCGAGCAGUAGCCAUGCAGAGCGCCAGCCCCGCCGCCGCCGCCGCCGCCCCCGCCCUGCACCUGCUCACCUCCUACUUCAUCGACAGCAUCCUGGGCAGCCGCAGCCCCGCCGCGGGGCACCACGGCGGGGACCCCGCAGAGCCGCGGAAGCCCCCCGAGACGACGGCGGUGGAGAAGCCCCAGGUGGCGGGGAGCGGCGCGGAGGAGGCGGCCGAGGAGCAGGACGCGCGGGGCGCCAGCAGCAACUGCUGCCCGAGGGGGCGGCUGCUGGCCGGCGCCGUCGAGGCUCCCUGCGCGGCCGGGCAGCUCAAGAGGAAGCAGCGCCGCUACCGCACCACCUUCAGCAGCUUGCAGCUGGAGGAGCUGGAGCGCGCUUUCCGCCGCUCCCACUACCCGGACGUCUUCACCAGGGAGGAACUUGCAAUGCGGCUGGACCUCACGGAAGCCAGAGUUCAGGUUUGGUUUCAAAACCGAAGGGCAAAGUGGAGGAAACGAGAAAAAACUGAAAUUCUAGGCAACGUGCCUGGGAUCUCCUUGACCCAUCCCUUGGGUCUAUACUUGGACAUUCCCCUGACUCAGGCUCCUCUCUUGGACCCCACAUGGAGACCAAUGCCACUUGCCACAAUGGCUGUGCCAUCUGUGGCACCCACUUUCAACCCUACCAGCUUGACGCCAUUUGGCCUCGGAAGCCUCACCUGGACGUCUCUUUUCCGGAACCCAAUUUUAAGCCCCCAGCUUGGAAGGUUUCUCAGUGCUUUAAACCCCCUCAUGACAACUGCUUCAGUCCUAAUGAAAGCUCCCGGACCCCCGGCAGACUCUGUUGUGACUGCCUUUGCUGAUCCCGUCGCCGCUGAAAGGAAAACCUCUAGUAUCGCAGACCUGAGACUCAAAGCGAAAGAACAUUCUGCCCAAAUCCCUCAAUUAAACCUCAUAUCCACUCUUACAAGCACUAACAAGGAUCUUUGUUAACCAGUUCUUUUGUGGGAGACUGAGUUCGCAUCCAAGGAAUAGCAUCUCCCACAAAUGGAUCCGGCUGAAGAGGAUGUUAACAAAACACUCACUCAACAUGCUGCCAAAAUGAGCUUCUCUCACCAUAUUAGAAGAAACCGAAGUGUUUUAAGUAUUUGAGACAUUUCAUCCUGCCACAGCCAGGCCAUUUUUGAUUAUUAUUUUAAAUUAAACUAGGGUUUGCAGCAAGAUUUAAUCUACUCAAGAUGUUUUUUCAUUGACUAAAAAAGCCUCCCAAAUUAAUUGGGUAACAUGCUUAAAAAAAUUUUUUUUUAAUUUAGGUACUUGAAAAAUGCAGAUAGCAGGCAUUAUUUCAGAAGAGGCCUUCACUUUCACACAAGAGGGAAUGCCUUGUGAUGUUAUAUAUACAUGCACCAGCUAAAGACAAGAAAAAAUGUCUUUUUCUUGAAUUAUUUUGGUCAGAUGCAGAUUUAGUCAAUUAAAAUUUCUUUGAUUAAUCAAGUAAGAUUUCUUUUACCAGGUGACAGCUCUGCUAAGCAGUGCAUAAUGGGCCUUCAGGGAAAGUUGGAAACAAAAUCCUAAAAGCAGACUGGACAUACUUGUGAAAAUAAACGUGUUUUCAACUGGUGGCUUUUUGUUGGCA